AUGCAGAUCAAAGUGCGCACGCUCACCGGCAAGGAGAUCGAGCUCGACAUCGAGGCCGACUACAAGGUCUCGAGGAUAAAGGAGCGCGUCGAGGAGAAGGAGGGGAUUCCGCCCGCCCAGCAGAGGCUGAUUUACGGUGGGAAGCAGAUGGCUGACGACAAGACGGCUGAAGAUUACCAGUUGGAGGGUGGCGCGACACUGCAUUUGGUGCUUGCACUUAGAGGGGGUUGCUAG